AACCCCAAAGAGGAAAGUAUUAACUUCUAACUAUUGAUUAUAAAAACAUAAAUUACGUAUAUUUAUUCAAAUAAAUAAAGAAGAGUAAGCUCUUGCUUUUUGUUUAUCAGACAAAGUUUUUUUAUUUUUCCUCUUCUUCGUCGUCCUCUCUCUCUUUCUCUCUAAGAAAGUGUUUUACUGUUUUCUCUAAAUCACUAUAUGCUUCAACAGUUACUCCACAUUCAUACUUGAGAAUGUCUGAAUCCGCAGCAGCAGCAGCAGCAGCAGAGCAUGGUUACAGAGGUUUGUCUGAGUUUCCAACCAUGGAAGCAACACAAAUAAUGUCUGACAAAACCGAAGACAACAACAACAACGACGUUCUGAAUUUCAAGGCUACCGAGUUAAGACUCGGUUUACCCGGUUCUGAGUCACCGGAGCGAGUUGGGUUCAUGUCGCUCAAGAGCUCAUGUCCUGUGUCAGGUGCCAAAAGGGUGUUUUCUGACGCCAUUAACGGGUCUACCAAAUGGGUCUUCUCUCCUGAUGUGAAAGACAUUAAACCGGCCGUUCCGGUUAAGGAGAAGAAGAGCUCUGCUCCAGCUUCCAAGGCACAAGUUGUGGGUUGGCCACCGAUUAGAUCAUUCAGGAAGAACACAAUGGCUUCUUCUCAGUCUCAGAAACAAGAUGGUUGUGAUAAUAAUAACAACACAGAGACUGAAGGUUGUGAAACUAAGUCUGGACCUGAGCCUUGCUUGUAUGUUAAAGUGAGCAUGGAAGGUGCUCCUUACUUGAGGAAAAUCGAUCUCAAGACUUACAAGAGCUACGUUGAACUCUCUUCUGCUCUUGAGAAGAUGUUCAGCUGCUUCACUAUUGGUCAGUUUGGGUCUCAUGGAGGUUGUGGUCGAGAUGGGUUAAACGAGAGUCGCUUAACUGAUCUCUUGCGUGGUUCUGAGUAUGUUGUUACCUAUGAAGACAAAGACAGUGACUGGAUGCUGGUCGGUGAUGUCCCUUGGGAAAUGUUUAUAUGCUCCUGUAAGAAGCUGAGGAUCAUGAAGAGCUCUGAGGCUAUAGGCUUAGCUCCAAGGGUGAUGGAGAAAUGCAGAAGCCGGAACUAGUAAAUGCCGCCCUUUUAUGAUACGUGAUAUGAUAAAAUGAUUUGGAAGAAUGUUAUUAAGAAAUGUAAUAGCCCAUUUUGUUUUUCUAAGUAUUCUUGUGUGUGUUGUGUGCUAAGAGUGAUGUUUGAUCCUUCUUAAAACAGCCUCUACUACUAAUAAGGCCUAUUCUGUCUCUAAUCCAUCAAAUGGGUGGUUUUGUGUAUGUGUGUGUUUUUUUUUUUGCUAGGUAAGACUUUCAUAACUCAUAUGUAUAAAAAGUUUGUCAGUGUGUAAAAGCAGACGCCUUUUUUAAAACUUCA